UUCUAACUCGAUCAAAGAUUCGGAAGAAAUUCUAAAAACUAGUGAAACAAUCAAAGUAACGAUCUAAAGAAGAACAAUUAAACGAAAAGAAUUGCAGGUCCACAUAUAAUCAAUAAUCGCAUUAAUCAUCUCCAAGUCGAAGUCUAUUCACUCUCUCUCUCUCUCUUUGUUUGUUUCUUUUUCCAAUCGAAAGCUUUACUAUCUCGCAAAUGGAUGAAGUUCAAUUAUUACACAAUAAACGAACUAACCAGCUAACCCAAAAUUCACUUAAUUCAUCACAAAGACGUAAAAAAUGGACUCUGGUUAUUGUUGACCAGGGGGCACUUAUUACCUUUCAUAUGUUAAUGUAAAUACAAACAAACAACAUUGAGGAGACAACCGGUAUUUCUUUACUAUUUGGUUUAUAUUCAAUUAAUUGAAUGUUUUUCUUUGUCAACAAUACAUAUCGACACUGGACUCUGGUCAUUGCUGGUCUCCUCUUUUGCCUCUAUUUUAUCAUCAAACCAGCUGAUCCACCAGUCCGAGAAUCACCAGAAUCUCCAGCAAUCAAUCCUGCCGUCCAACCGAUUAUCCUCCUGUGGACACCUGCCUUCGAUAGUGAUUCAUGGUGGGGAGCUACGAGUUUACCGUUAGGUUGUGAUUGUAUUGUCACUCGAAAUCGAAGUCUCUUACCUCAAGCGAAAGUUGUAAUUUUCUAUUGGCGGAACACUAAUCUCAAAGAUUUGCCUAAAUAUAAAUUUGAAGGUCAAACGUGGAUCUGGCAUCAUAUGGAAUCUCCAAUGAACACUUAUAGACGAUCUAGUUUAACCGCUUUCUCUAAUUACAUUGAUUGUUGGUCCAGUUAUCGAGCUGAUUCAGAUUUUCCAACUCCAUAUGGAACCAUUAUACCAAAAAAUCAAUCUCAUGAAUCUCACAAAUCAGUUAGUGUUCCCUUUUCAAAGAAAAGUCGUAAUGUGGCCUGGAUGGUUUCCAAUUGUGGAGCCUCAUCGGGAAGAGAUGAAUAUGCUAAAGAGUUAGCUCGUUACAUUGAUGUUGACAUUUAUGGUGCUUGUGGUUCAUUUAAAUGUCCAAGUUCAAAAGGAUCAUAUUGUUACGAAUAUUUUGAGAAAAAGUAUCGAUACUACUUGUCUUUCGAGAAUUCAAUCUGUACCGAUUAUUAUACCGAGAAGAUAAUCAAUCUUCUUAAUUACACAGUCAUUCCCAUUGUUCUCGGUGGAGCCAAUUAUUCAUCAGUUUUACCAAAUCAUUCGUAUAUCGAUGCUCUUUCAUUUAAAUCACCUCGAUACUUGGCAAUGUUAUUACGAAGUCUAUCUGCCGAUGAGAAAAGAUACAAUUCAUAUUUUGAGUGGAAAUCUCGCUUCACGAUUAACAAUAACGAUUAUCGAACACUUUUUUGCCAAAUAUGCUCCAGAUUGAAACAAUCAACUCAAAGUAGAUUUUCAUUUUCAUCACCAACCAAAGAUCACCGUCAAUUAAGACGAUCAAAUGUAUUAUGUAACCGUCGACAUAAAGAUCUGGUUAGUUGGUGGUUCAAUGAAGGAUCAUGUAAAUCAUGGACUCCGAUAAAUCGAUUCAAAUUCUGGUCAUAGUCAUGCGAUUGAACUUGAAUUCACAAACAAAAAGAUUUUCAGAAAACAGGGAGUUACGAGCUUUUCUGAUAGGAAAUACAUUGAGGAGAUUUUGAUUGUAACAAUCAAUUGGUCAUGGAUAUUUUCCAAUUAAUCUUUGGUUUCUUCUUCGUCUUCGUCCUCUUUAUUGUUCCCUGAUUGUUUUGAUUUACUGGUCGCCUUGAUUUCCAAUGAUUGUGUACAUUUAUCAAGCCGAUUCAAUGUUGUCUUUCGAGCGCUUCUCACAUCUUCCCGUCCAUUUGAAUCGAUAUUAUCCAAUUUCAACAUGCACCUUGUUAGCAUUUCAUCCAGGUAUCUAUACUCUUUACCUUGAUAUUCUCCGUCAAACUUUUCCACCUCAGAUUCCAGUUGAUCGGCCUCACCAUCAAUC